CACGUGUUCCCGUCUCUGUGUUUACGUUAAUAAACUCCCGGCUAGUCAAUGGUUCAAAUGACACACGCACUCCGAAGAAGUGAUGACGAACAUGAUGUAAUGCUCAACUCCACUGGAGCUACGUCUGUCCUGGGACCUUUGCUCCUGCUCAUCCUGAUUAAAACCUCCAGAACAAUGAGGAGGCUCAGAUUCCUGUCCACUCUCAGAUAAGCUGCAGGCGCCUCAGAGAAGAAGGAGCUCAGUUUGGAUCUUAGCAGAUUUCUUUUCAGGGGAAAGACAACACAUCUGCAGCCAUGACCACUUUUGACGACAUCCUGGAAGAAGUUGGCAAAUUCGGCCGCUGUCAGAAGCGCAUCUUCGCCCUGCUGUGCCUGGUGUCCAUGCCGUGGGCCGGUGUGUACGUGGGCAUUGUGUUCCAGGGCUACACCCCCGAUCACUGGUGCCGGGACUCAGCGGUGGUGGAGACGAGGCAGGCCUGUGGCUGGAGCCUGGCUCACAGUCGCGAGCUGACGCUGCCUCAGGUCAACGGCUCCGGAGGCGUGCAGCCCAGCAGCUGUGAGCAGUACGAGCUGGACUGGAACAGCACCUCCCUCACCUGCGACUCUCAGGAGCUGGACCUCGGCAGAACUCCCAGAACUGCUUGCAGAGACGGGUGGGAGUACGACUACGAGGGACGACAGUCCUUCGUCACUGAGUUUGACCUGGUGUGUGCAGACAGCUGGUUGGUGGACAUGUACCAGGCCACGCUCAACAUCGGCUUCCUGAUUGGAAGCAUUGCUAUUGGUUACCUGGCUGACAGGUUUGGCCGGAAGUUGAGCUUCCUCAUGUCCAACCUGUUCAACGCGAUCACGGGGAUCCUGGUGGCCGUGGCCCCGAACUACGUGUCUCUGCUGGUUUUCAGAACGCUCUACGGGUUCGGGGUGAAAGGAGGCUGGGUGGUGGGAUACGUGCUGAUCACGGAGCUCGUGGGAGUGGAGCAGAGACGGACGGUGGGAGUCCUGUACCAGAUGUUCUUCAGCGUCGGCAUCCUCCUCCUCCCACUGCUCGCCUACUUCAUCACCGACUGGCGCUGGCUGCAGGUCGUCAUCACCGUCCCCUACAUCUUCUUCCUGUCCUACUACUGGUUCGUCCCCGAGUCUCCACGCUGGCUUCUGUCUCAGAACAAGAGGUCCGAAGCCGUGAAGAUCACUGAGGACAUGGCCAAAGAAAACAAGAGAACUCUGUCCAAGAACAUCGAGACUCUGACGGACGACAACGCCGCCUCCAGCUCCGCCUCCUUCAUGGACCUGAUCAGAACUCCCAACAUGAGGAAGCACACUUUCAUCCUCAGCUUCAACUGGUUCACCAGUGCCGUGGUCUACCAGGGUCUGAUCAUGAGGCUGGGGAUUCUGGGAGGAAACGUCUACAUCGACUUCCUCAUCUCGGGCCUGUUGGAGUUUCCCGCCGCCUUCCUCAUCCUCUUCACCAUCGAGCGGAUCGGCCGACGUCUUCCCUUCGCCGCCGCCAACAUCGUGGCCGGCGCCGCCUGCUUCAUCACGGCCAUGAUCCCUGACAGUAUGUUCUGGUUCAAGACGGCGGUGGCCUGCGUCGGGCGGCUCGGUAUCACCAUGGCCUUUGAGAUGGUCGUGUUCGUGAACACCGAGCUCUACCCGACGUUCGUCAGGAACCUGGGCGUGUCGGUCUGUUCCACGCUGUGUGACAUCGGAGGCAUCGUGGCUCCGUUCCUGCUCUACAGGCUGGCCGUCAUCUGGCUGGAGCUGCCACUCAUCAUCUUCGGGUCUCUGGCGUUCGUGGCUGGAGGUUUGGUUCUGCUGCUGCCGGAGACCAGAGGCGUCCCACUGCCCGACACCAUCGACGACAUCGAGUUCCCCCACAAAAUGAAGGAGAAACUUUCACUGAAGAACCAACAGCUGGACAACCUGCUGCCCAGCGACGAUGUGUCCUCCAACAAAGAGCCGGCGACUGUCUGACCUCUGACUGACCUCUGACUGACCUCUGCGUGACCUCUGUCUGACCUCUAUGUGACCUCAGUCUGACCUCUGUCUGAGACCAGAGUAUUUAUUUAUCAUGUUUGUCUGUGACUGUGUGUCUGUGUGUGAUGUCUGAUCAAUAAAAUGUGCAUUUUUA